UUUGCGCUCACUACCUACCCACGAUGCAGCGCGGUCGCACACAACAUAGCCAUCUUGUCAGGAGUGACUGAGUGAGGGAGGCAACUGUAGACGCUGUUUAGAAUAUCAUUUGUUUUUUUUUUUAUUAACGCGUCAUAUUUAAGAGCCCCUUUCUCCCUCAACCGUAGUCAGCGACGGAGUGAGUGUCGACAACGAAUGACUUUGAGCUGGUGAAGCGAGAGGCUACGCAGCGCCGCUUUCAGAAGGAUGUCUCACAUACUUGUUCCGACGUAGGGGGAGUGUGCAGCAGCCAGUUGGCUUGAAUUGUUAGCUAGCUCAGUGAGUGGAGGGCUACGGGCCCUCCUCAGCUUAAAGUAGCCCCUACAGCUGGGCAGCCCACUCUGCGACAACGGCCGCUCGACAACUGGACAACCGGGACAUUAGCGGGCCGAAAGCCGCGGAUCGGUCACCGCACGGGCUGUUGGUAAUCGUGUCUGAAGCCCUGCUGCUGGACAAGACGACACGAAGUGUGGCAUUGCGUUAUGAGCUCUUGAAACGCAACAGGAGUCCGAGAGAGGAAGAGGAUGGCGCAGAUACAUCUUGAUUACAGUUAGGUAGGCUAAAAAGAAAACUAGCUCCAGGUCUGCUGCUUAUUAUGCUCUAAGCUUUUAAAAGCUGCAGCCAGCUCGCCCCUUUUUGACUGAGGAUAAACAUAGCCAUACGGGACUUGGAUUCAGGCUGUCAAUAUGUCGAAAAUGCCGGCCAAGAAAAAGAGCUGCUUUCAGAUCACAAGUGUGACUCAGGCCCAGGUGGCGGCUGUAGGUGCCGCCGACGACACGGAGAGUCUGGACGAUCCAGACGAGUCACGGACUGAGGACGUGUCGUCGGAAAUCUACGACAUGCCACGGGCUGAUUAUGAGCCUGCGUGUGACAUAAGUUCAUCCGAAGAAGCUCUGAAUAAUGUUGUGGAGCCAGAGGCGGUCGGAGUGAUGCCACCAUCAAGCGUACCUCAUGCCAGUCAGCUGUCAGCGCUGUCAAGCAACCCCUCUGGGGAUUUCAGAAAAGUGGGAGUGUCUGGUUCGAGUCAAGGUGGUCAGCAAGCACCGGGGAUUGGCGCUGGGGCUGGUUUACCCCUUGUCACUCAGGCUGGGCCAGUGCAGCAGCAGCAGCAGCCUGCUUCUGCAGCCAGCGCUGGGCCAGCGAGUGCGUCAGUGAACACAUCCCAACCUGCUGCAGUGCCCAGUUCAGCUCCACCUCCUGCCACCUCCACGGUGAGUUGCUCCUCGCGGUUCAGGGUCAUUAAACUUGAUCAUGGUACUGGAGAACCGUUUCGGCGAGGCAGGUGGACGUGCACGGAGUUUUAUGAGAAGGACUCUGAGAGCUCUGUUGUUGGUCGGACUGUGGAUAGCAUGAGACAUGCCAACACAGCACUGGACCCUGCUGCAGACAGAGACAGUGGGCUCGGGCUUACAGGAGGAUCUGCCGCAACCUCAACAACGCCCUCGAGUCAUGGCUUGGGCUCCAUGGCGGACUCUUCUCUCUCUUCUAGUCGUGUGCACUCGGUAGAGGCGCAGCCACCGCAGCAGCAAAUCCACCAUCAAAACUACAGCGCCCGCCAACAAGGUGUGAGUGGGUCGGUCACGCACAGUUCUUUCUCCAGGCCUACGGCUGUUCCGGCUCAGCCAGCAGUGGCAGGUCUGCAGCCUCUUGUUCCACAGAACCUGCUGCCUGUCGAGCAAAACGGCCCACCUCAAUCCGGUGUCCUCAUACAGAAGUCUCCCAUCAUGCCUCUCUCUGUCCAACCAAGUCCUUACCCUCCUCAGCAGCAGCAGCAACAACAGCUUCCUGUGGGCCAGCACCUGGCCGGCCAAUCACCUGGACUGAUGCAGAACCAGGCAGAGUACUAUCAGCAGCACCACUCUGCACCCCUGCCACCAGGGCUUGCCUCAGGCCAGCCCCACCCAGUGUCCAGCCAGGGACAAGGACCCACUUCGGUGAUGCCUACAGCCUCUGGAGGGGCAUCUGCGCCAAGUCAGGCUGUAGAUGUUCUUGGAGCAGCAGUAGGAGGAGUACUUCUACCUGCUGGACAGCCAGCUCCAACUGUCUUGCAGCAGCAGACUGUAGGGAUGGGAGCUGCUGGAGGCCCCGUAUUGGUUGGUGGAUCUGCUCUGAAGCAGCAGACUGUGAAUCUUUAUGCCACCGCUGGACAGCCUCAACCCCACGGCCACCCUCCAUCCUCUGGUGUACAAAAUGUGCCUGCCAUUGCAGUGAGUUCCAGUGUGCCCCCCACUGUGCCCACUGUUGUGCCCAGUGCCUCCAGUGCAGCAAAGCCAAAUGUGACAACCCCGAGUUUGCCUCCAGGUCAGAUAGCCCACAGCAACACUGCAGGGGCUUUGGGGCCACAGGGCCUCCCAGUGACUGCAUUUGGUCAGGUGGAAGCUGGUGGUGGGAGGAAGUCAGAUGGAAUCAUCAACAUACAGUCUCCAGUUGUCUCUGUGAAGGAACCAGCGAAGCCCUUCAUGCCUGAGAGCCUGCAGCUCACCACUCCGACUGUCAACAGCAUAUUUGCAAUCCACAUACCUGUCGACGGGGAGGAGGACAGGAAUCCCUCCAAGGCUUUCUACCAGGCCUUCCAGUCUGGCAGCAGAUUAAGAGACUCAAAGGCGCACAUUGAUAGUGCCUCUGGAACCAAUGUUGUUGCCAUUGAUAAUAAAAUUGAACAGGCUAUGGACCUGGUGAAAAGCCAUCUGAUGUAUGCAGUGCGCGAAGAGGUGGAGGUCUUAAAGGAGCAGAUCAAGGAGCUGUACGAGAGGAACUCUGUGUUGGAGAGGGAGAACGCCGUGCUGAAAUCACUGGCCAACAGCGAGCAGCUGUCUCAGCUGUCCACCCAGUCGACCAGCAGCUCGGGCGCCGCGGCUUCCCAACCAGGACUCAGCCAGCCUCAGCAGCAAGCCCAGCCGCCGCUUCAAGUUCAGCCUCCGUCGCAGUCGCACCCCCAGCUUCAGCACCACCCCCAACCCCAGCAGCUCCAGACUCAGCCGCAGCUCGAUCCCAGCCAACAACUGCAACCCAACGUCACCUCUGCUUGAAAGCGCAUCAAAAACCAACAAAAGAAAAGCAGAACAGCAUCUUCUCUACAACUUAUUACAAUUAGUGUAUGUGAACUUCUUAGCCACCAGCUUGACCACAAAGAGUACAGUGCUUCUGUGCGAGUGUGAGUGUGUGUGUCCGAGUGAGGAAGCAAGACUGUGAAUUGCUGUUAGAAUGUGUGCGUGUAUGCAUCUGUACUGUGGGCCUUUCCAGUGUUAAUGCAAUCAUCAAGAGUGCAACAGACGGACUGAGACAAAGUGUUCAGAGUAGAGUCGGGGAAGGUUGAGGGUUUUUUGUUUUGUCUUUUUGGUUCUUUUGUUUUUUCCAUUUUGGCUGUAUUCCCAGAUUGGUUAACAGCUGGGCUUGUAGAGAGGAUGUCUUUUCUUGGACCGGGCCCGAGCCAAACCAACCUGUGACCUGACCCGAAACCAGUAGUUGUUGUUGUGGAAAGCGAGGGGUUUGCCGGACAGACGGGGAGUGAUUGUCAAAAAGAGAGCGAUUAUUUUUUUAAAUGAGAUAAUUGAAGGGGAGGGGUAUUUUUAGCCUUGCCGUUUCAUGUUGUAAAGAAAAAACUGGGAGUGUUUUUUUUUUUUUGUUUUUGUUUUUGUUUUUUGUUUUUUAUUUGUCUCCUCCUCCUACUCCUUCUUCCUCGGAGCGCCACGCCGCUGCCGUUACUAAGUCCAACUCUUGCAUCACUCUUUUGAGUUCUACUGUUAAGUGUUUUUAUUUAUUACAGGGCUGCUAUUUUUCAUAAAUGAACAAUUUAAACAACAAAACCUAUUUAACAGGAGCCCAACGACCUGUUUCCUCUCUUGCUUUUUUCCCCCAGUGUUUGAACAGAUUGGCCACACAUCCCAGACAACAGCUUUAUAUAUUUGUGAAAUGCCGACAAACAGAGAAAAAUUCUGACAAAUGUUUAACACUAACCCAGAUUUUUAAGGCUGCAACUGCCAGUUCGUAGCUCAGUCCAGAUCCAGUUUGAGUGUAUAUUUUUGUAUAGCAUGAUGGACUUUUACCCACCGAUAUCAAAUCUUAAGGCCUCCGGUGAAAAUUUGAUAGGCAAAGGUGAAUUAGUAUUGCCACGUCCCCUCACUCACUCACAUUUUAGUUCUCCAUUGGUUUUCCUGAAACGGGGUAGGUGGGUGGGGGCACGGGCACGGUGGCAGUAGUGAAAACACGUACUUUGUAACCAAAGAUCCAAAGCUGUGUAAAUUUAUUUUGAAAUGCACACACACCUUUUUCUUUUCUUUUUUUUUUUUUUUCUUUUUUCCCUUGGUUCUCAUUUGUUACUUCCUCCUUCACAGAAUAUUUUUGUUGCUGUUCAGCAUGUUCUGCAUGAUCUGUAAUCUUCAAACCACUUUCUUACCUCAUUUUUAUUGAGCACUCUUAUUGUAA